UUCGUCCGUAUCUAACUAAUUAUUAUGUCCUCUGCAACUAUUGAAGAGUUGUCUUUGAAAUUCUGUGCCAAAAACCGAUGUUCCAGGAUGAGGUUCGCCAAGGCGUGCGUGCUGCUGCUGCAGCUGGGCGCCGUGGUGAUAGCCUACUACCGUCACAAUACCUACACCGACGUGUCGAACCACUACAACACAAUCGAUGUUGAAGUCAUAUAUCCUAAAAAGAAAACAUGAUAGCCAUUUCAUCGAAGUCGCAAGAUGUCAAACAAAAUCAAUGGUUUGUAGAUAGCAAUAAAAUAGUUAACGAAUUUAUUUAUUUAAUUAUUUUAACUAAAUGAACAAUAUUCAUGUAACUUUAUAUAAACGAUAUUACUUAUUUA